AUGUCUGGCUACCAAAAUUUUUGGGUCUUCGGCAUGAAUAAUGGUGUCCACUUUAUGUCGAAGCUGGUACUGUCAAUCCAGCUGCCAAUGAACCCCUUUGAAGACCUCACCGCCUCGCUUGAUACCGUCGUCCAUGAUGUCAUCCUCAACAAUAUUUCUCCUGAGUUGAUCGAACAUGUUAAUGAUGUGGCCAUUAGAGGCCGGACCUCUGGCUUUUAUCUUCAUCAGGAGUAUAGUCAACUCCAACCCGCCGAUGUCAUCUCACUUAUGAAAUCCCUCUAUGCUGGCAAUAUUGAUGUUGGUCCAAAGUUUGUUUCUUCUGUUCGUUCAUAUGUUGCUACCUGGCGUUCCAUCUACCAAUCAUUGUCGCCUGAUUCGGUCGUGGCCUUCAACGCUUUGGCUUCAAUGGUCCCACUGUGA